AUGGCUCUUCAAUGUCAAGAACGCACCGAAAACCCCAAGGACAAAUGCUGUCCGAUUUGUAAAAUACGUGAAGAUUCGGUCCCAAUUGUUCGAAAACCCCGAGAACCAGGCCGUCGACUGACCAAAAGCGGAUUGAUGACGUCAUUUGAUGGAGAGACUUUCAAAUUGGACUCGGGAUCCUGCGAAUUUGUGAUGACACAACGAUGCGCUCUUGAUGGGUAAGAGUCUUCGAUUUUUUUGGAAUUCUCAAUGCUUACGACUUGUUUUGAGGGGGUUUUGCAUUGUGCACAGCUGUGCAGCAAUUUUUCGAGCUCAUCCGCACCGUGCAACGAAAAAAAAUCUUUUCUAAGCUGCUCUAAAACAGAAAAAAACAAAAAGCAAUCUAAAGUAAUAUAAUAUGAGUUAUUUUCAAGUUGUCGCUUCGUACUUGUUUUUGAAUUCACUUUAGUUUAAGAUUAUGUAAUUCAUCUUUUGUUUUCAGAAAUCCCAUUAAUUUUUUUUAUUUUUCAGAGAUCCCUAG